AUGUUCCAUGGAUUGCCAAGUGAAGACCCCAUUGACCACCUUGAUGAGUUUGAUAGGCUUUGUGAUUUGACAAAGAUCAAUGGUGUCUCUGAAGAUGCCAUCAAGCUGAGACUCUUUCCUAUGUCUCUAGCUGACAAAGCUCACCAAUGGGAGAAGAGCUUGCCCCAUGGCACAAUCACCACUUGGGAUGAAUGCAAGAAGGCCUUUCUUGCUAAGUUUUUCUCCACCGGUCGCACAGCCAAGCUUAGAGGAGAGAUAUCCAGCUUCAUCCAGCGAAACAAUGAGACAUUCGCAGAGGCUUGGGAGAGGUUCAAAGGCUACACAAGUCAGUGCCCACACCAUGGAUUCAACAAUGAAUCACUACUCUCCACUCUUUAUAGAGGAUGCUUGCCUAGGUAUAGGGAGAUGCUAGACACAGCUAGCAAUGGGAACUUCCUCAACCAGGAUGUAGAUGAUGGCUGGCAACUUGUGGAGAACAUAGCUAACUCAAAUGGAAGCUAUGGAGAAGAGUAUGAUCGCACCAACCGGAGCUCGACCCACCACUCGAUCGAGUCAGACGAAAAGUUGAGAAAAGAUGUUAAGGCAUUGAAUGAGAAGUUGGAUAAGCUGAUCCUAGCUCAGUCCACAAUGAAGAAAGUCAACUUUGUGUCUGCUGAGGAGAUGGAACCAGUCCAAGAAGGGGAGGAUACACAAUUUGCUGAGGUAUGCUACAUGAGCAAUGGGCAAGGAGGUUACAACAAAGGAUACUAUAACUACAAGUCCAACCCUGCCAUGUCAUACCGCAACACUGAUGUUGCUAACCCUCAGGACCAAGUCUAUCCUCAACAACAAGCAGCUCGAUCGAGUCAAGGUGCCACAACAUGGCAACUACUUCAAGGGCAAGCUGAUGGGGUAGUGGACACAAGCAAGAAGCUAGCUGAAAUAAACUCUAAGAUCGAGAACCUCAACACAAGGGUUUACUCUCUGGAGAAUCAUGCUUCUUCUGUUGCUGCUGCUACAAAGCAAGGACAACUACCUGGUAAAGCUAUUCAGAACCCCAAGGAACAGUGCAAGGUCAUCUUCACUCAAGAAGGACUUGUUUCACUGCUGAAUGAUGAAGAGAUUGUUGCUGCUGAGGCUCCUGGAGUCCAGAUUGAUCAACCAGAAGUGCAUGCACCUACUGUGGCCAUUCACACUUCACCAGUUGAGCUCGCACGACAAGCUCGAUCGGCAGCUCGAUCGAGUCCAACUCUAGCUCGAUCGAGUCCGACCUCUUCUGUCCGACAGCCUGUUUUGCUUGAUCCUUAUCAACCGGUUGCCGCUUCCUCGUCUCGCCUACUUAGUCAAGGUCACAAGGAAGUGAUUCACAAGUUCAGAAGAGAUCUCAGUGGGAUUGGAAUUGAGUUGCCUCUAUGGAUAGCAUGA